CGCCUGUUCUCAUCUCUUCAUCCUAUCAACCCAUCAUGCACCAUCUUCCCCUCAUCGUUACCUGGUGUUUAGUACGCCAAUGUUUAUUUCGUUGCCAACAAAACUGCGCGCAUUCGCAUAUCUAUUGGUUUAGUUUUUACUAUUGCUUAAUCAAUACACCGCUAGCUAGAGGAUUUCUUCUGGAUUAUUGUAAUGUACUGUACCGUUGUUUUGCAUUUCGCCACUAUCAUCGUGUAAUCAUCCCUACCUACCAUCAUCGACAGCAGCAAUAAUGGUGCUGAAGAUACUGCGCGGUAUCGUGUGUGUCGCAACGGUUUGUGUCGUGCUUAGCACGGUUGCCGUUGCGAUCGGUCCGCGAUUGGAUACCGCAGAUCAACCGGUGGCAAACAAUGUCGUUAGUGCGAGCAAAAACACACAACCAAGUGACACGCAACAGCAACAUCCCAGUGCGCACGAGGGAAACAACGGGACAGAGCCGGCCGCCGCGGAAGUGGUUCCGUGUGGAAAUGCCACCGACGGUGGAGGAAGCGCUGAGGUGCAAUCGAGGCGGCCCGUAGCGGCGGCGGCGGCGGCGGCGAGCAGUAAAUUGAAUAAUGGUACAUGCGUAAGUGCGUUCUGCGCCGCUACCGACGUGAACCCCGGCGAUCGCGAUGAUGACGAUGACAAUGUGGAUCAUCGCAAUAAGAGCGCCACGGGUCGCGCGGUCGACGUGAUCAACGGCACCGCCCCUCUUGGGCAGCAACAGCAGCAUCAGAAGCGCCCGAUGCACCAUCAGCUUCACCGGAAUGUGCCGCGGCAUCACCAGCAUACUGCAGCGGGGGACAUCGACGACGAUCCGUUUGUCUACGGCAGCAAAAAGGUUGUUCUCAAGGCGGACGUCCUCCGGCACACUUCCGUCCUGUACGGUUUGCUCUCGAUCGCCGACCGGGAUGGCCUGUCCGAGCGGUGCUACCGUGAGCUGCAGCGCGUCUACGACGGCAUCCAGCAGAAAGAAAUCUGGGCGAUGAAAGUGCUGGAUUCUUCGGGUAGCCAAGAGUCGGGGUUCAUGUGGGGACACAACCACUGGAUCGGCUCCGAGAAGGGCUGCGAGGCGACUCAAUCGCCCCUUUCGAUCACGCUGUCCGAUCGCUACCGGCGCAACAUGAAACCGAACCUGGUGUCCGCUCUGGCCCCGUUCGAGCUGGACUACCGGAUCGUGUUUGCCAAGCACCAGUCGGCCUGGCAGGUGGAAGUUAAAUUCCAGAGUGAGAACAUUCUUCACAUUGGCGUGUGCAUCCCACGGUCGUGCUCAAACGACGAACUGCACAACCUGACGGCACGCUACUUCGACGAGAACGUCGUCUUGGCGCAAGACAUCUACGAGUUCAAACCGAACGUGCUGCACGUGAAAAAUACCACGCUCGACCGUGCCUUCUGGACGAAACCGAGCGUGUUCAUCAUCGGGAUCUCACUGACCUUCACGCUGCUGAUGGUGUAUCUGGCGCACAGUAGAGAGCAACGUUCGAUCGAGGGAAAGAGUCACCGGCGGGCUGAUGAAAGCCGCGCAACCACCGAAGGCAGUAACACUGCACCGCCGAUGCCAUCCUCCGGCGACGAGGACAGUACCUUCACCGACAAAGUGAUCGACAGUUUCAACCUGCGCAAAAAUCUGGCCACCAUUUUCCGCACCGACACCGGACCCCAGUCGCUGCCGGUCAUCUGUGGCAUGAAGUCGGUCUGUUGCUUCCUCAUCCUGUGCUUCCACAUGCAGUGGUACACCUUCUACACGGUGCACAAUCCCUCGGUAAUGCUGCACUACGCCGAGCAGAUCCGAUUUCAGCUGGUCAGCAAUGCGCCCCUGCUGGUGGACGUCUUCUUCGCCAUCAGCGGCUUUCUGCUCAGCUACAACUUCAUCCGCAACCGGUCCAAAGUGCAGGAGGUCAAGGCGAAUAGUGUCUGGGAAAAUGGCAAGCUGUACGGCAAGAUGCUCCUUCAUCGCUACCUCCGCCUCUCGCCCAUGUACCUUUUUGUGACGGUGCUCGGCGAGCUGACGCACAGCUACAUCGUGGAGACGUCCAAGUUUUGGGUGCACGAACGCUCCGACCUGGGCUGCCAGCGGUACUGGUGGCGCAAUCUGUUCUACAUCCAAAACCUCUACCCGGUCGACGACUUUUGUCUCACCUGGACGUGGUCGCUCGCUUGCGAGAUGCAGUAUUACAUGCUCUUCACCGCGCUGCUGUUCGUCUACGCCAAGAGCUCAAGGUUUGGUAAGCAGGUGUUUGGUGCGUUCGCGAUCGGUACUCUGUUGCUGAACGUUGCGCUGACGCUGAACCUCCGCUUUAUUCCAUCGUAUGACGUGCUGUACAACACCGGCGAUGCCCUCUACACUGCGCCCUGGUCACGAGUGUCUCCGUACGUCGUUGGGAUCUACUUCGGAUGGUUGAUGGCGUCCAGCCGCGACAAGUUCAAUAUCUCACAGAAUCAAUAUCGAUGGUACUGGCUGUUGGCAUGUUUCUGCGUGAUCUUCAGCAUGCACUCGACGAUCAAGCGUAACUUCCCGUUCCCAAUUGCGUCGAUCGUAAUGGUGGCCGUGCGGUGGCUUAUCUCUUGGGCUGCUUGUUGGGUGAUCCUUGCCACUGGAUUCGGCUACUCAAAUAUCGUCACUCGGCUGCUGUCGACAAAGUUUUUCGUGCACAUCAACAAACUCACGUACGGAAUAUAUCUGCUCAAUCCUCUGAUAAUCAUCGUCACGUUCGGUGUGUCCGAUUCGAGCGUCCACGCGGACCCAAUACCGGCGAUCGUGAUGGCACUUGGAGUAACGCUCCUCUCCUACCUGGCAGCGAUCCUGUUCUCAGCCUUCUUCGAAAUACCUUACUGCAGAAUUUCUAGCGAAAUUUUGAAGCUCAACCGUAAAAUCCCCGCGACGGUCACUGACCUACGAUCGACGCCGGUGGCGAAAGGGGAUGGAAUCUCUCCGCAACCACCACCUGCAGCGGCCGCAUUCUCCCCAGUGACUGAUGUGGAUCGGAAAACCAAGUGAGCGGCAUCUACCUUCACACAUCUUAAUUUUGCCACCUUAUUUUCGCUCUGGGAUUCAGAUUGGAUUGUUCGAGGG